CAGGUGAACGACAUGAUUUUCAGCAUCGACACAGCCACCCAAGAAGCCAACGAUGCUUAUCAGGUCUGCACACAACUGAUGCGCAAGAACGAUGCCAUGAAGGGCACCGAUCCCGAGUUGAAAGACUUGAGGGAGCAGAAUAGCAGACUCAUGCAGAGGAUGGCGGCCUGUAGCAUGAUGAAAGAUACCGCGAUUAAGUCCUCCAGUUCUAUCAAGACGGAGGCCUUGAAGAAGGCCAAGGCCAAGGUGCAGUUGGACAAAGACCUGGCGUUGUUUUCCAAGUACGACUCCAACAAGGAUGGCGUUCUGGAGAAGAAAG